GGUGUGCGCGCUUUUACAAUAAUUGUUUGUGCUCGCGUGCCCAGUCAGUCUCCUUUUCAAUAUUCGUAGAGACGACUUUAAUCCCACGAUGCAGAUGGCAAGCCGCAGAGUCACACUCGACGUCGUAUAAUCGAGCACCGCCACCACCACCACCAUCACCAUCGCCGCCCUUGCCGCGGAGCACGCUGCUCAACUCACCGGCAUCGCUCUCCCCCCUCUGCUGGUCGUGCCCACAGCAUAGCACCACCACCACCACAACCAUCAUUAGCAUCACCAUGCACCCCUCGGGCACAGCUGUCUCCUCCUCCGUGCCGCCAUCGUCGCCGCCGCAUCUGCCAUCAUCAUCAUGACGGAGCUGACCAAGGCCGAAAAGGCCCUGCACGACCAGUCCAACCUCCUCCCGCGGCGCCAGCUCGUCUCCUGCCUGAGCAUCCUGUCCCUCGCCCUGCUCAUCUCCUUCAUCGACCAAAACGGCAUCUCCACGGCGCUGCCCACCAUCGCCGCCGACCUCGACGCCCGCGCCACCAUCUCCUGGGCCGGCACCGCCUCCCUCCUCGCCAACACCACCUUCCAGAUGCUCUACGGCCGUGCCUCCGACAUCUUUGGCCGCAAGGCCGUCUUCGUCUCCGCCGUCCUGCUGCUCGCCCUCGCCGACCUGCUGUGCGGCCUGAGCGCCAACGCCGCCAUGUUCUACGCCUUUCGCGGCCUCGCCGGCGUCGGCGGCGGCGGCAUCACCAACCUCGCCAUGAUCAUCGUCUCCGACGUCGUCACCCUCGAGCAGCGCGGCAAGUACCAGGGCAUCACCGGCAGCAUGGUCGGCCUCGGCAGCGUCACCGGCCCCUUCCUCGCCGCCGCCUUCGUCGCCCGCUCCACCUGGCGCGGCUUCUUCUGGAUGCUCGCCCCCCUCGGCGCCCUCAACGGCCUGCUCGCCUACCGCUACCUGCCGUCCAGGGAGCCCGAGGCCACCUUUCGCGAGAGCGUCGGCAAGGUCGACUGGAUGGGCGUCCUCACCUCCUCGGUCGGCACCAUCUUCCUGCUCAUCCCCAUCUCCGGCGGCGGCGCCUACUUUCCCUGGGCCUCGCCCAUGGUCAUCUCCAUGCUUGCCAUUGGAGGCGUCGCGCUCAUUCUGUUUGUGCUGGUCGAGUGGAAACUUGCCAAACUCCCCAUGAUGCCAGUGACUGUAUAUCGCAACCCUGUCGUCGUCGUUCUCCUCUUUCAGAGCUUCCUCCUGGGGCUCGUGUACCAGAGCAUGGUAUACUACCUGCCCCUGUACCUUCAAAACGCACAUCAGUUCUCCAUCAUCGUGUCCGCCUCCCUCCUCAUCCCCAUGUUCAUUACGCAGUCGACCAUUUCAACCCUCACGGGCUUGUGGAUCAGCCGGCACAAGCGAUACGGCAUCGUCAUCCAGGUCGGCUUCGCGAUGUGGACGCUGGGCACCGGCCUGACACUGCUGUACAAGCGCACCACCGACCCCGGCGUCAUUGUUGUACCCCUCAUCGUCAUAGGCUUCGGCGUCGGCUGUGUCUUUCAGCCAACCCUCGUCGCCUUGCAGGCGCACUCGGCCAAGUCGCGUCGCGCCGUCAUCAUCUCCAACCGCAACUUCAACCGCUGCGCCGGCGGCGCCUGCGGCCUGGCCAUCUCGGCCGCCGUCCUGCAGGCCCGGCUGCGCGCGACCCUGCCGGCCGAGUACAAGUACCUGGCCGAUUCGACGUACGCGCUGCCCGACUUUGACGGAGGGGUGCCGCCCGCGGUGCUGGACGCGUACAUGGAGGCGAGCCACGCCGUCUUCAUCGUCCUGGUGCCGCUCAUCGGGCUCUGCUUUCUCGGGACCAUCUUUGUCAAGGACAGGGGUUUGGCACCCAAGGACGAGCCGCCGUCCGAGACCCUGGAACAGGGCGAUAUGGAGGGCGGAGAGGCGCAAAGGAUCGAGCUCGACACGAGCGAGGAGGUGGUGCAGGUGCAACCUUCGCAGAAAAAAAGACGAUAAUGUGACAUGAAAUGACGCAAGAAAGACCUAGGUCGCUCAAGGAGCACGUAGAGCUGAUGAAUAUACUCGUGC